AUGUCAAUACCGGUGAAGAAAACUUCAGCCCACCAGUUAAACGCAGCCGAAGAAAACUGCCUAAUGGAUCACUUGGGUGCUCUGGACAUCGACUCCCCUCCCAUCUACCCCCGGCUGACCAGCAUCAUCUGCACUAUCGGCCCCGCUUCCCGUGAAGUUGAUACCCUGGUUCAAAUGAUCAAUGCUGGCAUGAACAUUGUGCGAUUGAAUUUUUCACACGGUACAUAUGAAUAUCAUGCUGGUACCAUAAAGAACGCCAGGGACGCCAUUCAAAAAGUGGCGCAACAGGAAGGACUCUCGUCUUGCCCGGUUGCUAUUGCACUCGACACAAAAGGCCCUGAAAUCCGAACGGGGCUCCUGGAAGGGGGUGCCAGCGCCGAAGUAGAAAUGGUGAAGGGCAAGAUGGUGAAGGUGACGACAGACGACGCUUACAUGGAGAAGUGUUCAGCCGAAACACUGUGGCUGGACUACAAGAACAUCACCAAAGUCGUCGAGCCGGGCAGCCGCAUCUACGUUGACGACGGCCUCAUCUCCCUCGUUGUCAAAACCAUCGGAUCGAAUUCGAUAGAUUGCGAGAUCGAAAACGGUGGAAUGCUGGGGAGCAAGAAAGGCUGCAAUCUGCCCGGAGCUUUGGUCGACUUGCCGGCAGUUUCGGAAAAAGACAAACAGGAUCUCUUGUUUGGAAUCGAACAAGAUGUUGACAUGGUGUUUGCCUCUUUCAUCAGAAAUGCCAAAGGAGUGAAAGAAAUUCGGGAAAUUCUCGGCGAGAAAGGAAAACACAUCCUUAUUAUUCCCAAAAUUGAAAACCACGAAGGUGUCAAGAAGAUCGACGAGAUCAUCGAAGCUUCCGAUGGCAUCAUGGUCGCUCGAGGUGACCUCGGCAUCGAAAUCCCCACCGAGAAGGUGUUCCUGGCGCAAAAGAUGAUGAUCGCCAAGUGCAAUAUCGCCGGAAAGCCCGUCAUAUGCGCGACACAGAUGCUGGAGAGCAUGGUGAAGAAGCCCAGGCCGACCCGGGCCGAGAGCUCGGACGUGGCCAACGCGGUGCUGGACGGCGCCGACUGCGUGAUGCUGUCGGGCGAGACGGCCAAGGGCGAGUACCCGGUGGAGACGGUGCGCGUGAUGCACGCCAUCUGCUGCGAGGCCGAGGCCGCCGUCUUCCACCGCACGGUCUUCUCGGACCUCAUGCUCAAGACGCCCAGCCCCACCGACGCCACCACGGCGGUGGCCAUCGCCGCCGUCAACGCGGCCAUGAAGAGCCUGGCGGCGGCCAUCGUCGUCCUCACCACCACGGGCAGGACGGCGCAUAUGAUUUCCAAGUACCGUCCUAGGUGUCCCAUUAUCGCCGUUUCACGGACGGGCCUCACUACUCGACAGGCUCACCUGUACCGAGGAAUUGCACCCAUCCACUACACAAAGGAAAGGUUACCCGACUGGACACAAGACGUGGAUGCUCGCAUUCAAUACGCCGUAGAUCUCGCCAAGAAGAGGAACUUGCUGAAGAGUGGGGACAACAUCGUCAUUGUCACCGGUUGGCGACAAGGGGCCGGAGCCACCAACACCAUGCGCAUCAUCACUGUCCAGUGAUCUUCAUCAUAUGUGUCGUACCCUUUCACUGCCUGUUAUUACUGUGCCCCCUUUUAGUUGAGAAGUAUCGUUCCUUCCACGAAGGAACGAUUUCGGUAAUUUAUUUGGAAUCUUUUCCUUGGAGCUUUGUUUGGCUUUUUGACUUUUUGUGUGCGCGGCCGUACUUUUAUCGACCUAUUGUUCCUACGUUGUUGUUGAAGACAAAACAAGUGAGGAGGUGCUGCGUAUAGAGAUAUAUUACUCGUUGUUACAAAGAAUAUGGAAUGUGUCCUUUAUGAAGAUGUAAUUUAUAAAUUAUUGUGAACUGCCCGUGGAGGCAGUCUUGUUUGUUACGGUCAUUUUUAGGGUAGCCAUCUGUGAUAACCUUGUCAAAAUAAAUAGUUUGUUCAAAAAAGUAGUUGG